CUGCAAGAUCAAUGCUGUGGACGGCAAGGAUCUCUUCGCGUCUUCACAGAGAUUCAUAGAUAUUACGAGUGGGUCCAUCAGCGUUCGAUAAGCCGUACGCCGCACGCCACUUUGACGCAGGUUUAUACCACGGCUUCGUGCGUAAUGUCCAUCCACUCGCGCGGCGCCUCUAGUCAUUUUUGAAUUUUCCUCGUUUGUCCAAGACUCAUGGCGCGCGCUGCACUUGUUUUCAUGGCUGCGAUGGCGGCGACGACCGCCGCGCUCGAGCCGUGCGCGGGCCAAGACGUGGGUAUGGCCAUCAUGGACGCCAUGACGAGCUUGGAGGCUGAUGCAUGCGGCCGCGAUACCGGCAACGACAACCUCCUCAUGAACGUCUGGACGCACGAGCAAGCGCUUCAGGUUGCAUCAAGCGUCAACUGCGCGCAGUUUUGGACGCUUCUCUCCAACGGUGUCAAGAGCAUCGACGACUGCAUUUACGAUACGACGACCGGCAUGAGCAGCGCGCAAUAUGCGGCCAUGACGUUCGAGCAGUUUGCCGCCGACCUUGUUGCGAGCACGGCGCCGUCGACGCCGAGCACGGCGCCGUCGACGCCGAGCCCGACCCCCAGUAAUGUGACGGCCAACGCGACCCACGCCGCCGUGCCCCACAUCUUUUACUAGACUACUACAUCUUUGACUCAACUAUAUAUCUUUGAUUCAACUACUAUUACUUGUUGAUGAAGUCGA